UGGAGACCCUGGGCAGCACGGCUGGCGCUGCACCUGCGCGCCGUUUCCCCACUUGCCCCUCGGCCCUGAUCUGCGCCUGCGCGUUGCCCGCCCGGGCGCGCGGGUAGCGGCGAAGCGCAUGCGCAGUGUGGGGCCUGCCGCUUUGGUGUCGCCGCCGUUGCUGCCGCAGCCGUUGCCGCCUCCCUGCUGGCAAGUGUGUGAAGGAGCCGAGGGUCGCCGCCGGCGCCAUGGGGAGAAAGUCAAGCAAAGCAAAGGAGAAGAAGCAGAAGCGCUUGGAGGAACGUGCAGCCAUGGAUGCCGUCUGUGCCAAAGUGGAUGCCGCCAACAGGCUUGGAGACCCUCUGGAGGCUUUCCCAGUAUUCAAGAAAUAUGACCGGAAUGGGUUGAAUGUCUCCAUUGAAUGUAAGCGAGUGUCUGGACUGGAGCCAGCCACUGUGGAUUGGGCGUUUGACCUGACCAAAACGAAUAUGCAAAGCAUGUAUGAGCAAAGUGAGUGGGGCUGGAAGGACCGAGAGAAACGGGAGGAAAUGACAGAUGACCGAGCUUGGUACCUUAUCGCUUGGGAAAACAGUUCUGUCCCUGUUGCCUUUUCUCACUUCCGGUUUGAUGUGGAGUGCGGGGAUGAAGUCCUCUACUGCUAUGAAGUGCAGUUGGAAAGCAAAGUGCGGCGGAAAGGCCUGGGAAAGUUCCUCAUACAGAUCCUGCAGCUCAUGGCCAACAGCACACAGAUGAAGAAGGUGAUGUUAACAGUAUUUAAACACAAUCAUGGCGCCUAUCAGUUCUUCCGAGAAGCGCUACAAUUUGAAAUUGAUGAUUCUUCCCCGAGCAUGUCUGGUUGCUGUGGGGAGGACUGUUCCUAUGAGAUCCUGAGCCGGAAGACGAAGUUUGGGGACAGCCAGCAUUCCCAUGCAGGCGGGCACUGUGGUGGCUGCUGCCACUGAACUCUCAGAACCAUUUGCAAGCCGCAACACUCUCUCCUAAGGCCUGUCCUCUACUCUGGUCUCACACUACCUUCCAGGUGCUCUCAGAGCUGUGGUCUCCUCAGCCUUGCAUGUUACAGGUGGCAACCUGAGAGCUCAGAACCUGGGGAGGAGUGGUCCAUGCCGCCUCUCCUUCUUUCUCCUGGAAGAGCAGAAUGCCAGGAAUGAGUGCUGAGAAGAGGGUGCUACAGGAAGAGUUGGAGGCCGCACCAUGAAGCUUAUCCUCACAGCAGCUGUCUUGUCACUUGGCUCUUGGGCCCUCAAAUUCUCUGCAGCUGGAUUCCCAACAGGCUUCCCACACCCCUGCCUUGGACAAAUGGAAUGUUUAUAUCCACCUUGUCAAAAUCCUGGAAUCCUGAUCUGGGGUCUGUUGGUCCCCAAAGAGGAUUGGACUCUUAAAUUCUGGGCACAAACCAAGGCUUUUGAGAAACUCUGCUCUUGUGGAUGGAGCACUGUCAUAGAGACCGUGUAGGCCUUUGAUGCCAGGGUACAGAGAAGUUCUUUCUAGCUGUUUUUAUGGGUCCCUGGAGUGGAGUUGUAUCGGGACUGGCCAACUCUGAGGAGAAGGCUGCCUCUCCAUUGCUAUCAGUGAGAAGGGCUAAGAGGACCAGGAACAGGUGUGCCAACAGGCCUACCAUGGGGAUGACUGCUUCUCUGGGCAUUUGCACUCUUAGCUAAACUUCUAGAUCUCAUGGGAGUGACUCGAGCUUUUCACUCAAGAAAGCCAGAGGUCCUUCUGUUCCCUUGCAUUGCCCCCUAUUACUGUUUCUCCCCAGCCUCUUGCUUCCACCCUAGAUACCUCUGUUCUUAAUCUCAAUGGGGAGUAACAUCAGGGAACCCCUCUUCUUCCCCUGAAGUACCAGUUUUUCGUGGUACAGUUAAUGCCAUUUUCUGUCACCUCUUGGUGCUGAUACUUCUCUGAAGGUGGGGCAACCCUCUACCACUCUGCCUCUUCAGAGAGCCCCCAGCCAGCAGCAGGCCCCUCUGCCUGCACUCCCCAGCCUUGCCCCUUGUGGCCUCAAUGAGGCACUGGUGCCACUGUUCUGGCCCAUUUGGGGCACAGCUCAGGCUGCAGCAAGAGUGUCUGUCGGUGGCCCACACAGCUGCUUUUCUUUCUUUGGUGUCUCUCUUUGGCAGCAGGCUGGAGCAGAAGGAGGAGAUGGGCUUCCUCUUCUCAGAGAGUGAAGAGGAUGUAGGCUCAGAACUUACUCGCAUCCUGAUUUUUAGGCCAUGUUCCUCUUUCAAGGAAGAAAAACUAAAUCCUUUCUCCUUAUCUAGGUGAAAACACCUGACAUUUCCCCUUGAACAUGCCUGAGCUCUGCUUCAGGGAGUGUUGUGAGGAUUCUAGCCUUUGUGCAGUUGCUCUCAUGAGGUCUGUUGGUGCCCUGACCUCUGAGCCUGCUCACCCCCACCCUCUGGCCCAACUCAGGUGGCCUGUCCUGACAGCUCCCCAGAGUGGUCUAUGCUUCUCAUCCAGCUUCCUGCCUUUGCAGGAGCCUCUCUUACCCAGUCUGGCCUCCACUGAGCACCCUGCGUUGCUCUUGAGUACCAGCAGUGGGACUGGGCACUUCUGAGAGAGGGCCAUACAGCUUUACACUGGAAUAAGUUUACCUUUGCCUCACCUGCUGGCUCCAGGGUUUUUACCCUUGAUGAGAGUUGGAGUUAGUGGGAGGAGACUGGUAUUCUCCUUCCAAGAGUCAUGAAACAACAGGCGCAUGUUUAGAAGAGUUUUUCCUCUAAUCCCUGUCUCAGAAAACACAAAAAUGAUAAAUAUUUAUUGUCUUAAAUCAUAGAUUUCUGAUACCUCCCAUUCAAGGGGACCAAAAGGAACCCCCUGUGUAAGUCUCAUGUAA